AUGAUCGGUCCCGUUGCAAGGAGAUACAUAUUAAUCGGACUGCUGUCUUCUAUGUUCGUCUCGAUCGCGUCCUUCGAUACCACGAAUCUAAUCGACAAGGGGCCACCUCUUGGUGUACCGGAAGAGAAUAAAGCGAAACCGUGGUACUUCAAUUACAGCGAGAAAAGAAAUGGAAACCUGAGCUUCGAGAACGCGGAGAAAGCGUUCAAGAACAAGGCAGAUAUUUUAUCGCGUCUUUUCAAAAUUCAUAUCGAUCGGCUGAAGAACCAAACCGAUCAGGUGGAAUUGGUAUUUCUGGUCGAUGCCUCGGGAUCGGUCGGCCUGAAGAAUUUCCAAUGUGAAUUGAACUUCGUGAAAAACCUUUUGUCCGACUUCAUCGUGGAACCGUCGGCCACCAGAGUCGCGAUCGUGACAUUCGGAGGCAGACGAAACAUCAGACGGAACGUCGAUCAAAUAUCCCGCGGCGGGGAAGACGAUCACAAGUGUUAUCUGUUGAAUAAACAAUUGAAUAACAUUAACUAUACAGGCGGUGGGACUUAUACACGCGGCGCUCUUAUCGAAGCACUCAGGAUCCUCGAGAAAGGGCGUCAGACAGCGAGGAAGGCGAUCUUCCUUAUAACCGACGGAUUCAGCAAUGGCGGCGAUCCGCGACCUGCUGCGAACCUCCUGAAGAGCGCUGGCGCAACGAUCUUCACGUUCGGUAUACGAACAGGGAACGUGCAGGAGCUCCACGACAUAGCCAGCUUUCCCGGUUACACGCACAGCUAUUUUCUCGACAGUUUCGCGGAGUUUGAAGCACUUGCGCGACGCGCGUUGCAUCGCGAUUUGAGAACUGGUAAAUAUGUGCCAGUGACGCCGUCGGAUAAUUGUAACACUUUGUGCAGUAAUGUCACUGAAAUUGAAAACGAUCUGAGCUGUUGCGAUACUUUCGCGACGUGCUCUUGCGGUAUCGCGACGGGCCAUUACGCUUGCAUUUGCACUACGGGAUACUUCGGCUCGGGUUUGAAAGGAUCCUGUCAACCUUGCCCAAAUGGCACGUACGCUUCGGAGGAGGUUUCCGGCGAUUCGACGUCCACGUGCGUGUCUUGCCCCGACGUGAAUCACGUGACCAUUGUGAUACCAGCGACCUCGAUGGAUCAUUGUGUGUGCGCAUCAGGAUUUAUAACCGAUGGAAACAAAUGCGAAGUCAUAACGUGCCCCAAGCUGAGGAUACCGAAUUACGGAUACCUUGUAAAGGCCAGUGCGUGUAACAACGUUGUCCACGCUGCCUGUGGCAUAAGAUGCAGAAUCGGAUUUUAUCUGACCGGCGACAGUAUUCGACUUUGCGGUAAAGACGGCAGUUGGUCCGGGAAUGAGCCAAAAUGUUUACUGAAAACAUGCGCCGCCCUUCGAGCCCCAUCGCACGGCCGAAUGCGGUGCCAGAACGAAGAGGAUCAGCAUUUGUUCAUGGAGAAUUACACGGCGUAUCCCAUCGACACUCGUUGCCAGUUCCGAUGCGACACCGGUUAUCGGCUUCGGGGCAGCAAGAUACGUAAUUGUCUGCCUUUGUCACAGUGGGACGGCCUUAAAGCAGCGUGCAAAGCAAUAAAGUGUGAGCCCUUGAAGCGUUUACCAAACGGAAGGAUUUCACCCGAGAUCUGUUCCGGGCCCGAGAAGGUGCCGUUUGCGACAAAUUGUACCAUCAAGUGCAAGAAGGGUUUCGUGCUCGAGGGACCUCGCAGUCGAUUAUGCGGUGGACGUUCCGGCGUCUGGACGCAACGACGAAAUAUUAACCGUUGCACAGAUAAUUCACCGCCAACGAUAACCUGUCCAUCGGACAUCACCGUGAAAAGUUUGCCGGGCAAGAAUUACGCUUACGUGAACUGGACGAGUCCGAUAGCCACCGACAACGCGGACGAAUCACCCUCGGUCUGGAGCAAACCGUACGUCACGGUCCCGUGGAAAGUGAAAAUCGGCACACGAACCGUGGUGUACGUGGCCCAGGAUUCGGCUGGGAAUACGGCCAGAUGCAAAUUCAAAGUCAAAGUUCGAGACGCAGAACCGCCAAUGAUCGAGAAUUGCAUAAAUCCCCCGAUAUUCUUCACUGACAAUGGAGUUGGGAUAAGUAACAUAACUUGGGACGAGCCGGGUUUUUACGACAAUUCGAGAACACCCGUACGAGUGGAACAAAAUUAUCGGCCGGGGGAGAGCAGAUUCCUCAUUGGAUUUACGGAAGUUGUGUACAACGCGAUCGAUAAAUAUGAUAACAAAGCGAGUUGCGCGCUGAACAUCACUAUAAAAGACGUGUGCCAAGAGAUUCCAGAAGUGUUGAACGGCUACGCAAACUGCUCCUCGACAUCAGCGAACGAGACGAACGAGUGUGCAGUGGCUUGCGGCACAGGAUUUGAAUUCGCGACGGACGUUCCUAAUUCUCGUGUCGUGGAGAAUCUGUUGUUACUGAAAUGUAACACGAGUAAUCAAAACUCGACCGUAGAGGAUUACAUUCCUGAAUGUUCGGACCCAAGGUCUAAUAAUAAAAAAAGAACAUUAAUUAAUGAGAAAUUGUCUCCACACAGAAUCAACUGCACCGAAAACGGAAAAAUGUUUCCUUGUUAUUUCAAUUAGUUGGGCGAAUACAUUACCGCCGAUUUAAGAUUGACCUUGCUUGACAUUUGUGGGAACGAUAUCGAGUGCAAUCUCAUUACCUUCGAUCCCGAGUGUGUGGAAACUCCUGAGUCAUCAGACGUUAUUUCCUCAAACUUAUUAAGAAGACGAAGAAACAGUGAAGAUACUUCUACUGUCGAAUUAGUUUCAAAUAAUGAACCCGUGGAUAAUCUUGCUAGUAAAGCGAAAAAAAAUGCCAAAAGGAAUGACAACGUGGAUAAAAGCAAAUCGAGAACGAAAAAGAAGAAGGAGAAGAUAGAAAUAAAAUUUCGAUUUUUGGGAAAGAUAAUCGAAGAAAAUUUCGAAAAUCCGAGAGAGGGGAUAGAAAAAUUGCGACAGAAAACGGAAUUAAUGUCGCAGUCUGGAAAACUUGAUCUGUUGGACGAGAAAACAAAUCAAGAAAUUGCAAAACUUGCGCUUAAUCUGCAUCUGGUUUUUAAAAAUUUCGAAGAACUUUGUGAGCCAGGAAGCGUUCUCAAGAAGCACUCUUGUGUAAAAUGUCCGUUGGGCACUUUCUUCGAUUCUUCGACCAAACGAUGUCGUCCGUGUCCUUUCGGCGAAUACGAAGACACCAGCGGAUCCUUAAAAUGCAAACGAUGUCCUGGGCACACUUCUACGAGAAAAAUGCAUUCAAAAUCUUUGCGCGAUUGCACACCUAUGUGUCAGCCAGGACAUUAUUCCCGAAAGAAACGCCAUCAUGGCGGCCGUUUGGCUCUCGAUCCUUGUUCAAAAUGCGACAUUGGAUUUUAUCAACCGGAAUACGGGCAAACCAAUUGUCUCUCUUGUCCAUCCAAUACCACUACUGAAAAUCGUGGCGCCAAAAACACGAACGAGUGUCUGCCAUUGCAUAAGAUCGAAGUAAGUAUUUGUGAACCGCAAUCGUGUUUAAACGGGGCGCAAUGUGUGCAAGAAGAGGACAGCUUCAGUUGCGAGUGUCUUGACUAUUACGUCGGUUCGAAAUGCGAGACGUUUCGAAACCCAUGCGAUUCUUCACCGUGUUUGCACGAGGGGAUGUGUAACGUACGAUAUUCUGAAAACAACACAGUGAACUAUUCUUGUACAUGCGAAACCGGAUAUACCGGACAAAAUUGCGAGCUUCGAGUGGAUGAAUGUUCUCUCAACCCUUGUCAGAAUAAUGGUACCUGCGUGAGUACCGAAAGUGACUACAGUUGCGAGUGCAGAGACGGUUUCGAAGGAGAAUUUUGCGAAAUCACUGUGGAUCACUGUGAUCCUUCACCGUGCAUGGAAGGAUCCACUUGUCGCACUGUCAACGAGUCAUGGCAGUGUUUUUGUAGGCCUGGUUUUCUCGGUCGCCAUUGCAAUUUGCUCGCCUGCGAUUGGAUCCCCUGCCACGGGAAUUCUUAUUGCGUGAAUGUCGAAGAGGAGAAUGCAACACGAAUGAGUUAUAGAUGUGAAUGUAACGAUGGCUACACAGGAGAAAAUUGUACCAUAAGCGUGGAUCAUUGCGGAAGCCUUCCGUGCCGGAAUAAUGGGGAAUGCUUUAGCGGAAUUUCUAAUUACACGUGCAAGUGUCCUGUCCCAUUUACAGGACGGAAUUGCGAGAUAGAAUUGUUAUCCGAUUAUGUGAUGCACUUUACUAAAUCGGGAACGACAGACUACGUCAGUAUGAAAGGACCUACGAUUAAUCUUGUUCAGUUAACAACGUGCUUAUGGUUGCAAUCAAAGGACACAUUUAAUUACGGCACCGUGCUGUCGUACGCGACGCAGUAUUACGACAACGCGUUCACGUUAACCGAUUACAAUGGACUCGUUGUAUACAUGAAUGGGCAUAAGGUAGUAACCGACAUUAAGGUGAACGAUGGUUACUGGCAUUUCGUUUGUAUCACUUGGGAAACCGAAAAUGGCGCCUGGAGUGUAUUUAUCGAUGGGAUCUUACGGGACAAUGGAUCUCGUUUGGCGAAAGGAACAAUCGUUCAAGGUAAUGGCACCCUCGUGAUCGGUCAAGAACAAGACCGGGUCGGCGGUGGAUUUUCCGAAUCGGAGUCAUUCCUGGGGAAAAUAACUUUAUUAGACGUUUGGAGCACGGUGUUAACAGCGACAGAUGUACUGCAUUUAUUUAACACCUGCGACAAAUACCACGGGAACGUGAUCGCUUGGUCCCAGGUGCAAGAACACGCGCACGGUGACGUUGCUAUAUUAAAUAGCCCUUUUUGUCGCGGCUGUCCUCUGCCAGUGGUGCCGUUUAAGGGUAAUAUAAACGUCAGCGAUGAUUCAUUGGAAAUCACUUAUUAUUGCGAUCCUGGUUACGUGGUGCGAUUUCGUGGAAAAGAGCAUCGAUCGUUGAAGGUUAAAUGCUUGAAACAGGGCCAAUGGGAAGGCUACUAUACACCAAUUUGUGCUAGAAGAAAAUGUAGUUUUCCAGGAUAUUUUCCCCGAGGUCGCAUACAAGGUAAAUCGUAUUUCUUCGGGGAUGAAAUACACUAUUCUUGUUUGAGUGGAUACGAGCUUCGAGGCAAUCCCCAUAGGAUUUGUAACGUUGACGGAAAAUGGAGUGGAUUGCCGCCGGUCUGCAUAGGAAGAACGUGUAAGAAUUUACUGGCUCCGGAACACGGUGACAUCGAGUACGUGAUAGAAGAAUACGAAAGGGAUGAUCUGUCGAUCCUACAGGUGGGGCAACAAUUGGAAUUCAAAUGCGAUGCAGGAUUUCAUUUGGCGGGGGAAAAAUUUCUGACGUGUUUGGAAUCGGGAACAUGGGAUCACCAGAGACCAACGUGCGAAGUUUAUGGGUGUCCAUCGCCAAAAAAAAUCGAACACGGGUACAUAAUCUUCUCCAGUUCUUCUAGUAAUAAUCUCCACGAAAUUUCUGCUACAAAUCUCGACACAGAGACGUCUAAUACCACUCUCGAAAGAAAUUAUUAUUUCGAUGACGUCAUUGGAUACUCCUGUCAUCCGGGAUAUAAAUUUCAGGGUAAUCAUAAUUUAUUAACCGAAUUCAAACUUCGAUGUAACGAGAACGGUACUUGGAGUGGAUUCGUGCCUGACUGCAUGCCGCUUACGUGUCCCUCGCCCAGGAUUGUCAAUAACGGUAAAAUGUUUUUAAAAACGCAAAAUGGUACCGUCGAACUUUCCAAGAAGGAAGUAGCAUCUAAUAGUACAGAUAAGGACGCAACACUGAUAAAGAAUGACGGUUUUGAGAAACAAUUUGAUCUUGGCUCGCAGAUUUUAAUAAAAUGUCACGUAGGAUAUAAAUUAAUUGGAGAUAUUAUUAGAACUUGCAUGGACAAUGAAGAAUGGUCAUCAACAUCGCCAUCUUGUGAACCUUACGAAUGUUCGAUCUUGAAUUUUCCACUGUUUAAGCAUUUCAAAAGAGCAGCAGUUACCAAUGAUCAUUCUAGUAUCUGGAAUAAUGAUACUGAGGCAUUGAACGAUAUAAAAUAUUAUAACGGUUCCUAUAAAAACUUGGAAUACUCCGUGGAGAAUUACAAUUAUACAAAGAAAAUAGUUCUUGCUUGUAAAAAUAAUAAUGCAAUCACGUUUAUUCAUGAAAAUAUUAGUAUACAUGUUCCUGAUUUAACAUGGUCUUGUAAUGAGAAUGGUAAAUGGGAAAUUAAUCAUUUACAGUUAAAUAGUGGUAUAAUUGAGAAUAUAUUUGACAACAGGACUGAUAUUUGCCAAGAAUUGAUGUGCCCUUUAGUUACAAUCCCAGAAUAUGGAUACAUCACAGAUAAUAGUAAUAAUGACUCAAGAAUUGUUAAUAACACCAUCACCAUCAAAUGUCGCCAUGGUUAUAUCCUUGAAGGCAACGGAGAAAUUUUCUGUUUCCCGAACAGUACAUGGUCUGCAAUUCCUUCUUGUAAACCUGUAACAUGUGGGAAACCAUCAAUACCUGCAAAUGCAGUGUUGAAAGAAGACAACAUUGGAACAACAAAUUUUACGUUUGGUAACAUGAUCACUUAUCAGUGUCUACCUGGAUAUUUAAUGUUCGGACAACCAAAUGCCAGAUGUCUUGCGAACGGAAAAUGGUCUCGAGUAUACAGUAAAUGUUCAAAACUAUCAUGCAAUAAACCCAAAAUUCCGCCUGGAGUUACUGUUCACGGUCGUUCGUAUUUGUAUCAAGAUCAGCUGACAUAUGUGUGUCCCAAUGGUAAAAGACAGGGAUUAAUUACGUGUAAAGCUGACGGACGUUGGAGCGAGCCACCAAAUUGUGCUGGUAAUUAA